AGAAAGUACAACACAUCACAAUGAGAUUAUUUCCGAGCCUGUUGUGUGUAACAGUAGUACUCCACUGUUCCUAUGCGCCUCCUGUCACUCCCGAUAAGCCUGAUGAAAAAGACAGUGAGAUUAAAGAUGAUUUGGAGGAGUACAUGGAAUACCACCGCUACUUGAAAGAGGUAGUGCAAGCACUAGAGAGUGACCCUGACUUUAGGGAGCGCUUGGAAAAGGCCGAUCAGGAGGAUGUGCGGUCGGGUAAGAUAGCAGAGCAGCUGGACUUCGUGAACCAUAAUGUGAGGACCAAGCUAGACGAGAUCAAGCGGCGCGAGCUGGAGAGGCUGCGGCAUUUGGCCACGAAGCAAUACGAGUUAACAAAUCACCUGGACACGGACAUAGGCAAAGUACCUACCAACGAGCACUUGGACCACAACAACCCUCACACCUUCGAGAUUGAGGAUCUAAAGAAGCUCAUCAAGAAGACCACAGCUGACUUGGAAGCGGCAGACAAGGAGAGAAAGAAGCAGUUUAAGGAAUACGAAAUGCAGAAGGAAUUUGAGAAACACCAAAAACUGGAAUCGUUAGAUGAGACUCAAAAGAAAGAGUACUUGGAAAAAGAAAAGCAUGAGGAGGAUGCAAAGAAACACCAUCAACCGCUGCGACACCCCGCCACCAGAAAACAGUUGUUAGAGUUGUGGAAAACGGCCGAUAAUAUGGACCCGAAAGACUUCAACCCAAAAGUGUUUUUCAUGAUGCACGACGUGGACGGCAACGGCGUAUGGGACGCGGACGAGGUGAAGGCGCUGUUCAUCAAGGAACUGGACAAGAUGUACGGUCCGGGCGGGCCCAACAAGGACCUGCGCGAGCGCGCCGAGGAGAUGGAGCGCAUGCGCGAGCACGUGUUCCACGAGAACGACCGCAACCGCGACGGGCUCAUUGAUUACAACGAGUUCAUGCUAGAGACGCAGCGCGCCGAGUUCAACCGGGAUGAGGGCUGGAAACCGAUUGAAGAGAACCAGAUUUACACGCAGCAGGAAUAUGACGAGUUUGAGAGGAGGCGACUGGAUGAACUGAAAUAUCUGCAACAGCGAGGCUUGAUUGACGCCCACGGUCGGCCGGUGCCGGGAGCCCACCACCAGCUGCAACAGUACCAGCAGCAACAGUACGCGGCGCAACAACAAGCCUACCACCAGGCCCAACAACAGGGCUACCACCACCCGGCCGGCCAGCCGCAGUACCAGCAACCACCACAACAAUUCCAGGGCCAACAACCACCUCAGGGACAGUUCCAGGGAUACCAAGGCCAGCAAGCACCGCCGGGACAAUUCCAACCACCCCAGGGACAGUACCAGGGUCAACAACCGCCGCAGGGACAGUUCCAACCUCAACAACCACCGCAGGGACAGUUUCAACCUCAACAACCACCGCAGGGACAGUUUCAACCUCAACAACCACCGCAGGGACAGUUCCAAGCCCAACCACCGCAGGGACAGGUCCAAGGCCAGCAGCCUCCACAAAACCAGGACCAGCAACCCCCCCAACAGUAUCAAGCUAAACCGGAACAAGCCCAGUUCCAGCCUCAAGCGCCGGCUCAGCAACACCAGGACACCAAUGUGAACCAGCAACCAGCCGCGCCCCCGGCGCAGGGCCAACCCCCGGCCGCACACGUAGACAGCCCUAAAUAACUUAAAAUCUUCACGUA